AACACUGAUAAUUUGUAGCAGUGCGAAAAAUACUGCGCGAAUAUUUGUUUACAACUUGAAUCAUGGAUGUGCCUUUAAGUGAGUUCAGUUCACAGGAUUUGGAACGUGAAUUGUACGCGCGAGCACAAAAUACGGAUGGCUCAAAGCAGGAGCGCUUUGGGCGCCUGAUGGCUGCCCGGCAGCAGGAGCCCCAGGUGCCAAAUCGGCCAAGAAGAGGCUCCAUUGCAAAAUUUGGAGCUCGUGUGCAAAUGGAGGACUUUGCCGAAGUAAAAAUGUUCAGUCAGACAGAGUUUGGGCUGUUGUCCAAUAAAGUUCGAUGGCGACUCGAGCGUGUUAGAAGAACAGAAGAUGGCGAAGGAUUGGAAUACUUUCAUCCAGAUGUACUCAGUCGCAUCGAUCGGAGCAAGACGUACAUGCUCAAUAUGGAUGAAUUCUUGGUGCGACAAGAGCCAUACAUUCAUAAGAUUUUUGUAAUUUUCGUAUCUCGGACUUGUGGCCAAGAGCAUAAGCUAUGCUAUGCAAGAAGCUUGGCCAAAUUGCGCAGCUGGGAUGAACAGAUAGAGGAGUUUGAGUGGCCCCUCAUCACGACAGAGAAUAUAACCAGCUUGAAUGUGGAUAAUGCUGAGCUGCAGACCACACUCAUUACACCGGAGAACAUUGCGAAGGCGCUGAGUUACGUAUUGGGAACUAUUAAGGAUAAUAAGCUUGAAAACAUUGUGGCCAUUGCUUGCGACACGAAUCGGCUCGGUCUGCCAGCUGUAGCAUUGCUAGUGGAUGCUAGUGGCCUUGCGAUGCCACCUACGCUCUAUGACAUUUAUGAUUUGCGGAGCACCUUGCAGAAUAUGUUCUGCUCAGCCUGUGUGCGGAUCUUGAUGCGUGUGGAACACGAGAUAUAUACGAAGAGCACGUACGGGGAUCAGCUGUGCAGUCUAUGCUCUGGUAAUAGAACAAAGAAUAUGAAUGCCGUUUUGCUGCUGAUGGAGUAUGUAAAUAAAUUGCCUCAGAUCUUGAAUACAAUGUGGAACUUCGAGGAGCAUCUGGACAAACCAAUUUCCUUGGUUGGCCUCAACAACAAAUUGCUAAAGAUAUACGGCGCGCACAUCAAAAGGGAGCUACCACCCAUAACAUUCGAGGACUGUGCCGCGGGCUCAGGGCUUUUGCAAUUGAUCGUCUUUGACGCCUUGUGGUGUAUCUCAACGGAAAGUGAACCAGAAGAGUUAAAUCUGCAAACCAUUGCGUAUCAAGCAGCCAGCGAAGCAUGAGUUGCUUGAUAAGAAGCCAAUUUGCUGUAUUUAUUAUUUAUUUUAUUGGAACAUGGAAUUCA